UCGCCUCUCUGCGCCGCUCCGCUCGCCCGUGUGCAUUGCAUUGCCUGUCAGAGAAGAGAAGCUACUCACUCCAAUUGAAGAGCUAGGGAGGUCAGGCUUCACCCUCUCUAUCUCUUUUUUCUUUUCCUCCUUCCCCGGACCCUAAAGCCGACCGGCCGUGCCAGCUCCACCGAUCCACACCAGGCGACCCCAGCAACCACCUACCACCUCGCCGACCUCCUUUUAGUUUUUUAACCCAGCCUCGGGCUCCCCUUUCUCGGCUCCGAACCAUGGCUACCACCGCUACUUGCACCAGGUUCACGGAUGAAUACCAGCUGUACGAGGAGCUUGGAAAGGGAGCUUUCUCAGUGGUGCGUAGGUGUGUAAAGAAGUCAUCGGGACAGGAAUAUGCUGCAAAAAUUAUCAACACUAAGAAAUUGUCUGCAAGAGACCAUCAGAAACUGGAGAGAGAAGCGCGGAUCUGCCGUCUCCUAAAACAUCCCAAUAUUGUGAGGCUCCAUGACAGCAUUUCAGAGGAGGGCUUUCACUACCUCGUCUUUGACCUGGUGACGGGUGGAGAGCUUUUUGAAGACAUCGUAGCCAGAGAGUACUACAGUGAAGCUGACGCAAGCCACUGCAUUAGUCAGAUCCUGGAGAGUGUCAAUCAUAUCCACCAGCAUGAUAUUGUGCACAGAGACCUCAAGCCUGAAAACCUGCUGCUGGCCAGUAAGAUGAAGGGAGCCGCCGUGAAGCUCGCAGACUUCGGCCUCGCCAUCGAAGUGCAGGGAGACCAGCAGGCGUGGUUUGGUUUCGCCGGUACACCUGGUUACCUUUCUCCAGAAGUUUUGCGGAAAGAUCCUUAUGGGAAACCUGUGGAUAUCUGGGCUUGUGGAGUUAUUCUGUACAUCCUGUUAGUGGGAUACCCGCCGUUCUGGGACGAGGAUCAGCACAAAUUGUAUCAACAGAUCAAGGCCGGGGCCUACGAUUUCCCUUCUCCGGAGUGGGACACAGUGACUCCCGAGGCGAAGAACCUGAUCAACCAGAUGUUGACCAUAAACCCGGCCAAGAGGAUCACCGCGGAACAGGCCCUCAAGCACCCAUGGGUCUGCCACCGGUCCACAGUGGCUUCCAUGAUGCACAGACAGGAGACCGUGGAGUGUCUCCGCAAAUUCAACGCUCGCAGAAAACUCAAGGGAGCCAUCCUCACCACCAUGCUGGUGUCCAGAAACUUCUCAGUGGGCCGGCAGCAUACCAACUCUGCUGCUGCCGCCUCCUCCACCGCCUCACUGGCUCAGGAAGCAUGCAAAAGUUUACUCAACAAGAAGUCCGACUCUGCUAAGCCUUCUACCAACAACACUAAGAACAGUAUAGUGAGCGCCAUCAAUGCCCUGAAAGAUACCACCGCCAACGCCCAGAUGACUAAUCAUUGCUCUUCAUCCCAGGAAUCGCAGAGCACAGUGGUGCACAACCCGCCCGAUGGUGUCAAGGGUUCAACAGAAAGCAAUGCCACCAAUGACGAGGAAGAAAUGAAAGGUAGGAAAGCGGACAGCUCGGCCCAGAGUCUUAGCAGUGCCACUGAGGAGAUGCCCCCUCUUCUGCCCUCACCUCAAAGCUCACCUGCCAUGCCACCGCAUGAUGUAAAGCGCAUGGCAUGGAACAGCACGGGCAACAGUUCGUGCCCAGACUCGGAGCACGCGCAGUCGCCCAUGUCCAACACCGCUCCACUAGGGGGCAACGCAACUGCUGCCGCUGCUAAAUGCAACACUAAGCCGACCCGUAAACAGGAAAUCAUCAAAAUAACUGAACAACUGAUCGAGGCUAUCAACAACGGAGACUUUGAAGCUUACACGAGGAUUUGUGAUCCCGGACUCACCUCCUUCGAACCCGAGGCCCUGGGGAACCUGGUGGAGGGCAUGGACUUCCACAAGUUUUACUUUGAGAACUUGCUGAGUAAGAACAGUAAGCCGGUCCACACCACUCUGCUGAACCCUCACGUCCAUCUGAUCGGGGAGGACGCCGCGUGCAUCGCCUACAUCCGCCUCACGCAGUUUGUGGACUCCACCGGACGGCCUCGCUCCAGCCAGUCGGAGGAGACCCGCGUCUGGCACCGCCGCGACGGGAAGUGGCUCAACGUUCACUUCCACUGCUCAGGAGCGCCGGCUGCACCACUACAGUGAUCAGUGGUCUGAGCCUCCAGUCUCCUGUCUGGAGUGUGUGUUUUUGGGGGGCAGUUUUUUUCAGCGUGUUUCGGAGGUUCACGUCCUCUGCAACGGGAUUGGCUCCCGCCGUCCCCGUCCGUGACAAAACCAACCAAUCCUGUCCCUCCUUUGACCUGCUGAGGCGGGCUGAACACAAGGCUCCGCCCCCAUUGGGUUGAUGAUGAUGAUGAUGAUGCAUGCGUCUGGCGCCUGAUUGGAGGAGGUGUCCCUUUGCCCCUCCCUCUGCCCCACCCCCCCGGCAGCCAUCUUUUUUCCGCCCUACGCGAGAUGGGGGAAGAUGGGGGCGAGGAUUUAAAACAGUUGAACUUGUGACAGUAAAUGAGUUAUUGACUAUACUGUGUAAAUUAUGACUAGAUGUACGAUACACCACCAAAAAGUGAGCAUUUAUAUUCUAUAUCUACUUAAAAAGGGAGGAGAUGAACAAGUUAUGUGCAGUUAGCAGAGGCAACACGAGAUUUUGGACACGUUUUGACAUUUUAGGGAAGUUAGAAAGGUAUUGUGCUUUUUUCCUUUUUUUUUUUUUUUUUUUUUUACAUGGACGUAAAGUUAAGCUAUAGGGAGACGUUUUUCCCAAUAAAAACUUAGAGGGAAGUCAAAUCAAGUAACAAUUCAUGACAGAAACUUGAUAUCAACGCACCAAAGUGUAGAACUAUAGGCUUUUCUGUGUUCGUUCGAUUGCUGUUGCUCGAGUGCUUGUUUAUUGAAGGACGAGCUGUUUUGUCGUCAAAGUCGGGGCGGGAAUUUUAACUUUAUUUUUAAUUUUUUUUUUUUUCGUGUUGUGUUUUUAGCGUCUGUUCCCUCUGCGUUCCUGUGAAUAAACGGAGCCUAUUUUUGUCUUUUUAUUUUAUUAUUAUUUUUGACUGAUAUUAUAUAUAUAUUCGCGGCUCCCGUUUAAAAAAAGAGGGAAUUUAUAAUGUGCAAGUUUCAAAAAAAAGAAGCUACAGUGUGUGUUUUAUGUCUUUAUGCAGUGCAGAGGAGAGAGCUACGUCUGCGUUUUGCAUGUCCUCUCCUCCCAUUCACAAACACCACCAUUCCCCCCUCCCACCUCCAGGUUUUUACCCAUGAUGCUUUUCUCUGCUUUCUCUUUAAGGGCCUGGUUUGUUAAUACCCCACUGUGUAAAUACAGUGUAUGUAUAGAUAUAUGUAGAAAACUGUAAUAUAUGUACAUGUAUCUUAAAGAGACAUCCAUCCUGUGCAUUUUGGGCUAUGGGAACCACCCCACUACCUUAACAAGAACAAAUUUCGGCGAUUCGGUUUAAAAAUAUUGGUCACUUUCCACUUUGAUGGAAAAAGUGAGAAAGUAAAAAUGAGAUCUAUUUACUAUAAAAAUCAAGGGCUGGGGCGAUUUUACGAAACUGCUUUAAGAAAACAACACAAUAAGGAGUUAUAUUUGAGGCUUUGGGCACUUUGACUUUACUUAGUGUUGGGAUGAGUUUCAAUGUACCAUAAGAUGCAUUGAUUUGAUAGACAAACUAGGGCCGAAAGACAAUUUCUUAAAUAAUCGCUGCUACAAAAGAGGUUUACCGUUUUAAUAUUUGAAAAUAUUUUUGCAAAUUUUACAAUUUGAGCAUUUAAAUCGAGUUUUGUUGGACAAUGACAAGAAAAAGGGCGAAAAAAAUGUAACAAAAAAUUUCUUACGCGUGCAAGAAGUGACCAAAUUUCUCGAACAAAAAUAUAAUUUAUAAUUACAAAAAUGCAAAUAGAAUCCCUUUAUGGAAUGGUGUAGGCAGUGAUUCUCAACUCGUGGCUUCUGUGAUCCAAAAUUAGCUUUUUUUUGUAAUUUUUUCAUUUUGUUCCCAAUUUUCCUAUAUGAACGAGGUAAUUUAGUCAAUUUUUUCAAGUUAAGACAAAUGGAACACUGGAGAAUUCAAACUAUGACCACACACUAUCAGAAAAUGCCUGCAGUAUUUGCUAUCUAUGUUAAAAUUUUGAUAAUAUUAUUGUGAUAUCUUAAUAUUUGACUUAGUAACUUGAAUAAAAACCCUUCUGUACUACUAAAACUUCUACUUAGUUACAAGAAAAAUGUGUAGUUCAUAAGAUAAUUUGUUCAUUUUGCUAUACCCGAGUACUGCCCUAAUUCUAACUUAAAUCCAGUUUUCCCUCUGAAAAUUCCAUAUAUUUUGUAUCCCAGUCCCACCAGUUGAGAAUCCCAGACUGUUUUGACUGUUUUAAAUGAUCAGAAGUUGAGCCCUGACAAACCACUCUUUCUCCAUAGUGUCCUUACUCUCUCCACGAUGCUGUGAUGUUUCAUAUCGUAUAUGCACAUUUGGCACACUUUUGGCUACAAUAUAAUGGUGUUCUUGGCUUUUCGUAACAUAUCCACCCUUCUGUGCACUGUAACUGUCUCCAUUCAACCAUCGUACCCCCCUUCUAGCUCUUAAGAUGUUGAUUUCAUGUUUUUUAAUUUCUUUUCGUCCUCGUCUUUGUAGCUUUUUCUGCCAAGCUGGAGUUCUGCACUCUCCCUCACUUUCAUUAUUAAAAAAGGGAACAUAAAUUUGAGAUAUAUUAUUAUUGAUCAGGGCUACAAUUAUUUAUAAUGUAAUCUACCCGAUGGUGGUAUUGUGCCUGUUCCAUUUGAGAUAGAGGGGGGUGAAAAACAUUUAAAACUGACUUGCACUGUUGGCGGGUGGGUGAACCUAGUUAUAUGCAUGUUUGAGUUAAGCAUUUCUACCGGAUAUGGACGGAGCUAGUGUUAUAUUCUGUUUGCAUCACUGAAAAAAUUAUUGCCUCCAUCCAGAAUGUGAUAUGAAAAUAUUGAAAAAAAAAAAUAGCAAAAAUUACAAAAAAAUAUAUAAUGGAAAUACAAAAGGAGCCGUAAAAGCUUGGUUUGAGGCCCUCGAUGUUCGCAUUUUUCCCUGCGUUGUAAUGAUAAUAUAUUGGGCUGCGCUUUCCUCCUCCUCCCCUUCAGCUACCUUCACUUGGACGCUGGAGUUUUUUUGCAUGAUCAUAAUGUACAAUGAAAUACAAGAACCAUGAAUUGACGACUAUCAAGUGUUUGUCUGAGUGUUAGUUGGUCUUCAUCAUAGCUUUGUUAUUCUUCGAAAAACUUGGAUCUUGAAAGUAUUUAAUAAAAAUACUAUUUCAGCACUG